AAUAGCAUUGCUGUAUAAAGUUAGACGUGCGCUUUUUCUCGCUUCCGCCUGAGGUGAUGACCACUCAGUAGUGAUGGGUCGUUCAUGAACGAUUCAUUCUUUUUGAACGAGUCUUUAACGUGACUCAGAUGAACGAGUAUCUCUCGCGUUCUAUUGGGCGCGCAUGCGCAAAUCAUCACGAAACCCCCGCAUGUGUUAUACAAGAAACAGAAAUUAGUCGUUACCUUUGAGUCUUUUCGGUCCUGAGUCGUUUGUUCUUUUUUCACGUGACUCCCAUAGACGCUUUGCAACAGAUUUAAAAGAACGAACGACUCAGACUGGCAGAUAUGAGAUUUCUGAGCACUGAAGCUGUAGUGCUGAACUGGUGAAAGCUGCAUUUGAAGCCAAAUCGUACAGCAUCUAUUAUUAACAUAUUAUUGGGUUUGUAAAUAACACAAAAACUUUUCUCAAACCUCUUCUAUGGAAUGGAUUUUAAAGAACGUGAUUUGAAGUCGGCAGAACUGGGUACUUUAUAAAUAGUACGGGACACUUUAAGAUUUGAAGGGGAGCUUUUCCUCAAAAAUGGAUCAGCAAGGAAGUGGAACAGAGGACCCCAAUAAACAACCUAAAAAGAAAUCGAAUGAAGAUGAGAGUAAGAACAAAAAGCUGCGUGACAGGAUUACAAGCUUUCGAAAGCAAGCUGUAAAGAAAGAGAAGCCUGUUAUCCAGCACCCAACAGACCCCAUCUCCACACUUUCUGAACUACCUAUUCCGCAGCCACUUUUUGAUGAGCGUUCAUUGAAUCUUUCUGAAAAAGAGAUUGUUGACCUGUUUGAGAAGAUGAUGGAGGAUAUGAACCUGAAUGAAGACCGUAAAGCUCCUCUGCGUGAAAAGGACCUAAGCACUAAACGAGAGAUGGUUGUCCAAUACAUUUCUGCAACAGCUAAAUCUAUAACUGGGAGCAAAGUCGUGGGAGGACUGAGGAACAGCAAGCAUGAGUGUACACUGUCAUCACAGGAAUAUGUGCAUGAGCUACGGUCUGGCAUUACAGAGGAGAAGUUGCUCAACUGCCUUGAGUCUCUGCGUGUGUCUUUAACCAGCAAUCCUGUCAGCUGGGUAAAUAAUUUUGGCCAUGAGGGACUUGGACUGCUUUUGGAUGUAUUGGAGAAGCUGCUUGACAAGAAACAACAAGAGGUCAUUGACAAGAAGAACCAACACAAACUCAUCCAGUGCCUCAAAGCCUUCAUGAACAAUAAGUAUGGCCUGCAAAGGAUACUCGGGGAUGAGCGAAGCCUGCUACUUCUGGCCAGAGCUAUUGAUCCCAAGCAGCCAAAUAUGAUGACAGAAAUUGUAAAAAUCCUCUCUGCAGUCUGUAUUAUUGGAGAGGAGAACAUUCUGGAUAAGAUUCUGGCAGCAAUGACAAUCGCAGCUGAAAGAAAUAACAAAGAGAGAUUUGCUUCAAUAGUAGAAGGCCUGGAAAACCACGAAGCUCAGCAACUUCAGACAGCGUGCAUGCAAUUAAUUAACGCCUUGGUCACCUCUCCGGAUGAUCUGGACUUCAGAAUACAUUUACGGAAUGAGUUUCUGCGCUGCGGCCUGAAGAAGAUCCUCCCAGGGUUGAAGGAGACGGAAGAAUUGGACAUUCAGCUGAAGGUGUUCAAUGAGAAUAAAGAAGAGGAUUCUAUUGAGCUGUCUCAUCGGCUGGAAGACAUCCGCACAGAGAUGGACGAAGUGGAUGAGGUUUACCAUAUUCUGUCCAACAUGGUGAAAGAUACAGGGUCAGAGGCCUAUUUCCUAUCUAUUCUUCAGCACUUGCUGCUCAUAAGGAAUGACUACUAUAUCAGACCUCAAUACUACAAGGUGAUUGAGGAGUGUGUGGUUCAGGUUGUACUUCACCGGAGUGGAAUGGACCCUGACUUUGGUUACAGAAAGAGACUAGAUGUUGACUUCACCCAACUCAUUGAUCAGUGUGUAGAUAAGGCUAAAUUAGAGGAGAGUGAACAGAGAGCAGCUGAAUUCUCAAAAAAGUUUGACGAGGAGUUCAGUGCACGACAGGAGGCACAAGCUGAGCUGCAGAAACAGGAGGAAAAAGUCAAAGAGUUGGAGGGAAAGAUCAACUUUUUACAGAGUCAGGUUGCAGCUGAAGGAACUCAAAAUGUUUUUUUACCACCAGAAGGGUCUGAAUGCCUACAACCACCACCACCUCCCCCUCCACCAGGGGUACCCCCUCCACCACCUCCUCCUUUACCAGCCAGUAUGGGACCUCCCCCACCCCCACCUCCACCCGGCCUCGGUCUGCCACCUCCACCACCCCCUCCUCCUGGAGGUCUUGCACCUCCUCCACCUUUCCCAGGUCUCCCUCUAGUACCAGCUGUCCAAAAACUACCUUAUGGCCUACAGCCUAAGAAGACCUAUAAACCUGACACAGCCAUGAAGAGAGUCAACUGGUGCAAGAUUGUGCCUCAGGAGAUGGCAGAGAAUUGCUUUUGGAUUAAAGUUAAAGAGGAAAAAUUCGAGAACCCGGACUUAUUUGCCCAACUCUCACUUAAUUUCUCAUCCAAGUCCAGAGUAAAAAGGGAUGUGGAGGAAACUGAUAACAGAAUGACACAAUUUAAGAAAAAAGCAAAAGAGUUGCGAAUCCUUGAUGCCAAAACUGCUCAAAAUCUGUCCAUUUUUCUCGGAUCGUUCCGAAUGUCUUACAGUGAGAUCAGGGAUAUUGUCCUGGAAGUGGAUGAGGAGAAGCUGACUGAGGCAUUAAUCCAGAACCUAAUAAAAAAUCUCCCUGAACAGAAGGAGUUGAGCUCCCUAGCUGAGUUGAAGAGUGAGUACGAGGAGCUGUGUGAGUCAGAGCAAUUUGGCAUUGUGAUGAGCUCAGUCAAGCUAUUGCGUCCUCGUCUAAAUGGAAUCCUUUUCAAGCUGACAUUUGAAGAGCAAGUAAACAACAUUCGUCCUGACAUCAUGAAUGUCACUUUUGCAUGUGAGGAGGUAAAGAAGAGUGAGGGCCUCAGCAAGUUCCUGGAAUUGGUACUGCUUGUGGGAAAUUAUAUGAAUGCCGGCUCCAGAAAUGCCCAGACUUUUGGGUUUAACAUCAACUUUCUCUCCAAGCUACAGGACACAAAGUCAACAGAUCAGAAUACAACACUUAUGCAUUUCUUGGCUGGGAAAUGUGAGGAGAUGCACCCAGAAAUGCUAAACUUCCCUGAUGAGUUGGAGCAUGUGGAGAAUGCCAGCAAAGUGUCGGCUCAGGUCCUCAAGGCCAGUUUGGACUCAAUGGAGCGUCAGAUCCAGAGGUUGGAGACUGACAUCCAGAACUUCCCGAAGACAGAUGACAAACUGGAUAAGUUUGUGGAGAAAAUGUCCGGUUUCUCCAAAUAUUCACGUGAACAGUAUGAAAAGCUCUCCACUAGGCACAAGAACAUGCAGAAGCUCUACGAGAGCUUGGGAAGCUACUUUGCAUUUGAUCCACACUCCAUCAGCAUUGAGGAUUUCUUUGGAGACCUGGCAAAUUUUCGCACCCGCUUCAUCGAGGCUGUGAAGGAAAACCACAAGAAGAGGGAGAUGGAGGAGAAGAUCAAGCGGGCCAAGCUAGCAAAGGAGAAAGCUGAGCAGGAAAAACAGGAACGGCUGCAGAAGAAAAAGCAACUGAUUGACAUGAACAAAGAUGGAGACGAGACUGGUGUGAUGGACAGCCUGAUGGAGGCCCUGCAGUCUGGUGCAGCCUUCCGUGACCGCAGAAAAAGAAUCCCACGUACUGACAACCGCCGAACUGGUUUGGAGAGGUCACGCUCACGGCAUAACACAAACACUAUGGGACGAUAACUGCAGUCAGUCUGUGCAUCUAAGCCAAGUGCCAAAUAUCCAGGAUUGGAUGCACAAUGGAGGAAAAGUAUGGAUAGUGGAGUUUUGUGCCUGAAGAAUCCUCACAAAACACACAAAAAUAAAAAACAGUCUUAAAAAGUAAGGACUCAAGCAGCUUUACAGGAUCACUAAUUUUACAUUGUUGUCCUUGUUUUCUGUAAUUGUGCAUAUUUAUACAGUAUAUAUUCGCACAGUGCUGGUCAUUAUUACACCCCUGGUUAAUAUGUGUUCUAAUAAAUUCAUUUUUUAUUGCAGAAGCAUCACACAAAAAUUUUUAGAAAAAUUUUAAUUUUAACUCAAGUAAAUAAAAAAUUAAUAAAUAAAAAUCCAUGAUUUUUAUAUAUAUAUAUAUAUAUAAUCACCCUGGACACAAUUAUUGGCACCCCUAACAAUUUCAAUAAAAUAAAUGUAAUUGGAGCAAUUUUUUUCAUUUUUACUGUAGUUUAUAAAGGACCCAAGAGAAGUAAAAAAAAAAUCUCUAAACCUCAACCAUCAGACAUAAACGUCUGGAAUUUACUGAGACUACAACUGGGAUUGUGUGCUGUGGUCGGAUGAGAUAGAAUUUUUUUGCAACAAACACUGUCUGGGUCUGGUGUAAAACAAAAGAUGAGUAUGCAGAAAAGCACCCUAUGCCCACUGUGAAGUAUAGUCCUGUGGAGGAUCCGUGAUGCUGUGGGCCUGUUUCUCUUUCAAAGGCUCUGGGAACCUUGUUAGGGUGCAUGGCAUCAUGAACCCUUUGAAAUACCAGGACAUUUUAAAUCAAAACCUGAUGGCUGCUGUCAGAAAGCUGAAGAUGAGUCGUCAUUUAGUCUUUCAGCAGGAUAAUGACACAAAACGAGUGGUAAAGUCUUUACAAAAAUGGUUCAGCAUACAGUACACAAAAUUAAGCUCUAAUCAUGGCCAUCUUAGUCCCUGACCUCGACCCAAUUAAAAACCUGUGGGGUAAAGCUGAAGAAAGAUUGUGCAAAGAGAAAUGAUCAAAGAUCUAGUAUUCGCCAAUCUUGUGAAAUGUUAUAGGAGUUUAAAUGCUGUCGUGGGGUUGUACAAAGUAUUGACAUCAGGGGUGCCAAUAAUUGAUUUUUUUAAAAAUGAUUUCAUGUAAAAAAAAAAUUUUUUAAUGUAUACCACUGAAUAAUAAUUUAUUAUUAUUGAAUAAUUGUACUUCAAUUAAAAUUAAUUUUUUUUGCUCUUUUUGCAUUGUGUUUCAAUCUUGUAUAAAUGAAAAAAUUAAUUUAUUAGAUGCCUAAGAACACAUCUUAACCAAGGGUGGUAAUACUAAUGACCAGCACUGUAUAUACACACACAAAGACAUGCAAGGGUAAGUCAAAUUAUUCGCACUCCGGUUAUUACAGCUUUUAUUGUUUAAACUAUCUUAUCAACACUUUCCAUUUAAGUCUGUUUUCCCAGUCACUACUGUGCAUGUAUAAACAAGAUUUCCUUCUGAUGAAGAAGUUAAGACAGAGGUGCAUUAUUGGCUCGCACCUCAGCCUAAAACAUUUUUUCUGAUGGAAUUUGAAAGCUUGUUGACACAUGGACACAAGUGUAUUAAAAAGCAGGAAGACAAGUAUGUCAAAUUGAAAUAAAUUCUACGACCAGAGUGCGGAUAAACUUGGUAUGUGUGAGUGUGUAUAUAUAUAUAUAUAUAUAUAUAUAUAUAUAUAUAUAUGUAUGUAU